GUAACUUGAUUAAUUGUUUGAGGAAGGUUUUGUAACAAAUGUAGUUUUUCAAAUCCGGUUCAAGAGUUGCAUCGAAUUUUUGCAGUAGCAAGACAGAUAGCUCUUUCUUUGCAGGAAGCGAAUACGUAGGCUUAGCGUUUUUUGCUAACAGCGCGAGUUUAUCUGGCUUUCGAACAGUUUAUUUCCAGCACUCUUUCCAACAUCACGCACCGAUAGCAAACUAAACUUCAGCCUUAAAUACGAUUUGUUUGAUGGACACUAAAAUGAAGAAGGACACAUCAAACAAAAAGCACUCAAAGAAACGAAAAUCUACAGACACGACAGCGUUGAACAGCUCUGAACUCCCAAGCAAGAAAUCGAAAAUUCAGAGUAAUGAUGUGGGUGUUGCUCCUGUAAAGAAAAACGAUAAGGGGCAGCUCGUUUUCGAAGACUUUCCGAUGUUCAGGCCUAACAUGACACCAGAAGAAGUACUCCGAGCAGGCAGUUUCGGGGGCACCUACUUCAGACCAAUUUAUUCCAGUAUAACAAAACAGCAUUAUAAAGAUGUCUGGAAGGAGGUCCCAGAAGAUUGGCUGAACGGUCUAGACAUCCCCAAACAGGUGGCCUCAUCCACCUACAGGGAGGACGUCAACACAUACAAAGUGAAGUGCGGAGGCAGUCUGGAGAUGUGGGAGAGCAGUGGGUGGAUUGUACCACAGGACCCGUAUGGCUGGUUCCAGUGGUACUGCAGGUUUUACCAGGGUCGACGCACAAAGGAUGAUGAACGUCAGGUGGCACGGUGGGCAAAGUGUGCAGGAAUAAAAGGCCGUUGGAGGAACAACCUCAUUACCAAGGUUGUGCGCUCAGGGUGCAGCUUUGAAAAUCCAGCAGUGUCCCCUGUGGUUCGUCAGACUCUGCAGCAUUGGGGCUACAGGCUAACUAAGGAGGACUACAAAGAGGGUGCCAAGAGGGUCAAACCAAAAUGACCUCACCUCCAGUACCCUCCCACUGGUCUCUGCCUUUGCAGGAAAGACCUGCGUAGAUGGUCUCAUAGGCAUUAACACUCAGUUCAGGGAAUUCUGAAUGAUGUACCUUUUAACAGUCAUGCUUCUCAUUUCCAUCUUGAAAAAGUAUGUAAGUUGUUUGAUAGUUUUAUGAAAGUGUUCAUCUGUAUAAAAUGUUUUUUUCAGAGGUUUUUUUUUGAGUGAUGAUGUUGCA